AAAUGGCUUUAUUAGUGCCAAGUUUUAGCUGAAUUUGUCCUUUCAGGUUCUUACAUAAUUACUGCCAACUGUUGCGAGGAUGUUCAUAUUAAUUAGGGGUGUCUGUCAUACUUAUUUGGUAGGAGAUGGUGAUCUACAAUGCAGAUAUUCAAAAUAAAGAACAUUUUCAAUCCGCAAUCAUGUGUUCGACGAACCAAUGACAUUUUGAAAAAUUGAAAUAGCCUUGUUGCGAAAAGAUCUUCAGGCCUCCCGUAUCAAAAUUCCAAAUUUAAACCGCCGCCAUGUUGCGAAGGGGAGACGAAGACUCGGACGAACUGGAAUGCGAUAGGAUUCACAUUCUCAAAUUUAAAAAUUACGAUGAAUACUUAGACGAUCUCAUUUCCGAAAAUGACCUCUUCUAUCUUCGGAGCAGGAUGCUUACGAGGGAAAUCGCUCGGCUCGGCUACAGGAGUAGCGGCGAUACCCUUUCCGAGUCCGAGUUUAAGAGGAGGAGGGAAAAAGUCAAAUCACUUAUGACACCGAUCAAGAUCAUCCAGACGUGCAUCAGUACAAAGCUCUCCCUCGGUUCGGACCAGCUGAUCGAAGAGUUGGCGGUGAGAGAGAGAGCCAACAGAUCCGCGGUUUUAUUGUCAAUAAUAUACAUAAGAGUGAGCAACAAACGUGGGACCGAGGUGGCCGGUUUUAUAGAUUACAACAGCCGUCUCGUCCACUCUGACAUGACCGGCUUCUUCUUGGGGAAGAAGAAGCUCUGGCCCAUGCAGACGGACCUGGGCUUCUUCAACUGCAAGAACAAGACGAGCCGGACCAAUCACACGGAUCAGAUCGAGAGUCUCGUUGAUCCUGUUAAAGGGCUUCUUUUCAAGCAUAAAUGGGACAAUCUGAUAAUUGAUCCGAACCCCAGGGUCGAACACCCGGGCGUCUGCACCUGCCGCACCGUAGUCAAAUCUCCCUCGUAUCACCAGUGCGUGAUUUUCGACCACGUUAUCCGGACAAUGAAUUAAUAAACGAUUUAUAAAAA